AUGGAGAAGUUAAUAUGUGCUGUACAAAUGUACGAUUGGGGACGUCAAGGGAGCCAAAGUGAAGUGGCCACUUUAAUGCAUGCCGCCGACAAACAGUUCGUUAUUGAUGAAACGAAACCAUAUGCUGAGUUAUGGAUGGGCGUGCAUCCAAAUGGGCCAUCAAAGCUUGUAUCGGACGGGAAACUUUUGUCAGAAAAAAUUGCAAAGUCAAAGUUUUACCUAGGGGAUCAUGAAGGUGGAUCACUACAGUUUUUGUUCAAAGUGCUUUCGGUGAAUAAAGCACUGUCAAUACAGAGCCAUCCGGAUAAGGAAAAAGCAAAAAUAUUGCAUAACAAUGAUCCAGCACAUUAUCCUGAUAGCAAUCAUAAACCGGAGAUGGCGAUUGCUUUAUCGGAUUUUCAACUUUUGAGCGGUUUUCGUCCCUUUCACGAAAUUUGUGACAAUAUUAAAGCUUUUCCCGAACUGUGGAACUUGGUAACCUCGAAAGGUGCUAUUGAAAAGUUGGAAACUGGAAAUGAUUAUGAAAAGCGCGAAGCCUUGAAGGAGAUAUUUUCCGAAUAUAUGCAUUCAUCAAAAGAAAAUAUAUCUAAAGCAGUGCAACAGUUGGCAGUACGCUUAAAGAACAAGGACGGUCGUUCUGAUCUCGAAGAGUUGCUUCUCCGACUGAACAGUGAGUAUCCCGGUGAUGUAGGUGUGUUCGCACCACUUUUGAUGAAUUAUUUUACGCUGAGAGAAGGAGACGCUGUUUUUAUGGGGCCAAACUCUCCUCAUGCUUAUCUCCUGGGAGAUUGUGUGGAAUGCAUGGCUUGUUCAGAUAACACUAUUCGUGCUGGACUAACAUCGAAAUUCAAGGAUGUCAACACGCUUUGCUCGGAUUUGACAUUCGAGAUGAUUCAGCCACCAUAUUUUACUCCAAAAAAUAUUGGUCCUGGAAUAAGAGAGUAUGCGCCGCCGGUUCAAGAAUUUGCUGUGCAUGAAUUAAGGGGUGAAGCCGGUGAAUUGCGAGAUGUUGGUGCAAGCAGCAUCAUCAUCGUAAUUAAAGGCUCAACUGAAAUAUAUAACGGUGCUGAAAACUUCAAGGCCAGCCGAGGUGAAAUAUACUUUGUCCCCGCGAAUAUAUGCCGUGUGAAUAUUAAACCCUCCGGUGAUUUUCUAGCUUAUCGUGCUUUCACACCUAAAAGAUAG